UCGAGGCCAGCCGCUGGCCCAGCAUCACGUCGCCCACCCACUGGCGUCAGCCUGGAUCAGCGCGUGCGCCCAACUCGGCUCCGCCCAGCACCUAGCGAAGGGCGACGCCAGGAGGAUAGGCCGGGGACGUGCGGCAUGCGGACUCGGUCUAGGCCCGGUGAUCUGGGAGAAGCCGAGGCUCGGGGCUGCGGGGGGCGGGGGCAAUGGCGGAGGAGCAGAAGCACUGUAGCCUGGAAUCACAACCCUGCUACAAGGCAGCCGCGGCGACUGCACAGCCUACGGUGCCUUCGUCGAAGACCGCGGAGGUCGCCCGAGAGUCAGCGGAGCCCGAAGACUACAAUAGCAAGUGCGUGUUCUGCCGGAUUGCAGGGCGGCAGGAGCCAGGCACCGAACUCCUGUAUUGUGAGAAUGAAGACCUAGUUUGCUUCAAAGAUAUCAAACCAGCAGCACCUCAUCAUUACCUUGUGGUGCCAAAGAAGCAUAUUGGAAACUGUAGAGACCUAAAGAAGGAGCAGAUAGAACUUGUUGAAAACAUGGUUACUGCUGGGAAAACCAUUCUUGAAAAGAAUAAUUUCACUGACUUCAAAAAUGCGAGGAUGGGUUUCCACGUGCCACCCUUCUGUUCCAUUUCCCACUUGCACCUUCACGUUCUGGCGCCAGUGGAUCAAUUUGGCUUCUUUUCAAAAUGGGUUUAUAGAGUGAAUUCAUACUGGUUCAUCACAUGCCACGUGAGUAGUGAUUUAUCAGACUCCUGUCUUCUGUGUCCACGAUGAUAAGGUGGCCUGUAGUUGCUGUGUCUGAAUAAUGAUCAAAUGGCUGAUUAUUUGAUUGAAAAACUAAGAACAUGAAAAUGACAACAGUGGAAGAUUUUCUUAAUCUUGGCUCAACAUAAACUAAUAUUUUGGUUCCUUUUAAUUCAGAUUACAAUGGUAAGGUUUGUUGGGUUUUAUAAGAGGCUAUUAUUGGGUAGCCUGAAAUCUUUUCUGAACAUCUGUUUCCUGGGAUCUGCGAUAUAGUUAUAUGAACACUUUGUCCUUGACUUUAAUGGUUACUUGUCUAAGAUUUAAGAUACUAAAUAUAAAAUCCCAUUAAAACAAAUUCUGUUAAUCAGGAAGGACUCUAUAUUAAAAUUUUUUCAAAUAUUUUCAUUUCUCACUAUAGUCAAUUAUAAUAUAUUAGGAAAAAUAAACUGGUAUAGAAAGUACUUUGUUGGAGUCUUUAUUACUAUGAAAGAGAAAAAGAAAUUGACUAUUUCUUGACAGUUCCAUAAUUUUGCACAUAAAAUUUAAAAAUAAAGAGUACUGAGCUACAGAGUGAUCUCUGAUCUUGAUGGGAAGAAUUUGUAUAUAUAUCACUUUUUACUCAGAUUUCAGUUUUCACUUCUUGAAGCCUGGAAUCUGUGUAAUAAAUUAGUCCUGAAAGCUAUAUAAUAUGUGUAAUGACUUCUAACAGUGACUUUGCAAUACCAGUUAAUUUGACUGUCUGAGGGAAUUCACUGUAACUGAAUUUUACUUGUAAGAAGUUGUGGGUAAGAAACAUAAACUGGUUAUAUUAAUUUAUUAAAACUGGCAGAAAUUGUUGCUUUAUGGCUUGUUUACUGUACCAAAGGAAAAUCAGAAUUAAAAAAUGAUCAGAGCUAGCUUUUAUCAUGGAAAUAGCCUGGUUUCAAAGUAGAGAUAGAAAGCCUUGGAUGAGAAAUUUUAUUUUAAUAACAGUGUUAAUUGUAUUGGUACAUAAUUUUGUGGGGCCUGCUUCUUUGGGAAUUGUCCUGUUGCUAAUCUGGACUCAUCAUAUCACUGUAGGAUAAAGAGGAGAGGCUGAAAGCUAAUGCUCUCUCGAGCCAGUGUCUAGUGAGUACUGUGACUGAGCGUGAGGAUUGAAGUGUUGAUGUUUGAAAUUGGCUAAGACGACUGGUCUUCUUUCUUAUUUUUUACAUGAUAUUAAACAUAGUUUUAAGUAAUGAAAUACUAAUUACAAUGUUUAGUUACAACAUCUGGAAUCACUGAUGUUCAGUUCAUUCUUUCAUUUUAUUCAUUCAGCAAAUAUUUGCUGAGCAUUGAACAUGCACCAGAUGUUGCCAGGAGUGGGAAAUACGGAAGUGAGAAAGGACUGCCUUUAGCUGCUCACACAAGGGUCAGAGAAAACCGAUGAUUACAGCUGAGUCUGUUAAGUGCUAAAAUGUCUGCAGAGGAGGCUGUGGGGAGGGAAAUCUUUUGUGAGCAGGUGGCAGUAGAAUUGAGUCUUUAAGACUCAAUGUUAGACAGGUAGGCAGUGGAACUUUAGAUUGAGAGACCCAGGUAUACUUUUCUUGUGUUCUUCUUCCAGUAUUAUUUACUUCACAGUUGAUAUGAAUGCCCAAGUUCCAUUUUAUUCACUAGAGGUGGAGAGAGGGAUCUGGGAGUAGUGGUAUGGAUCCUCCAAAUUAGAUUUACAAGUUAAAUCUUAACUGCGUUGUUAAGUAGCUUGCUGAGCACUUACAUAGAUCGGCAACUACAAGCUUUUAUAAAUCAGUUCACGUGUGAUACAGAAAGGGAAUAUUCAACAUGUAUGCCAUGUUGUACUAUGUGAAUUUGCAAUGAUAUAAUUGACAAUAUUAUGAUAAUAACAUUUAAUACUUAAGGAAUUUUCAAUGCCUUAUGAAUCUUUUUUAAAGAAGUGUUAGCCAGUUGUUUUAAUUUAUAUAGGUUUAUACUCUCUCACAGUAAAUUUUCCUUCUUUGUUGGAAACCCCUUGAAACUUUAUAUUUUUAGUGGCAGUUUUACCUAUAAAGGUUAAUAAUCAAAUUACUGCAAUUAAAAUUCACUUAGUCUUUUCAGUAGUUUAUGAAUUUGGUAGCUAUAGCUGUCUAUAACAUUAGCUCAACACAAAGCUAAUUUAAAACCUAUCUUAAACCCUGGCCAGGUGGCUCAGUUGGUUGGAGCAUUGUCCCAUGCACCAAAAGGUUGCGGGUUCGAUUCCCAAUUAGGGUACAUACCUGGGUUGCAGGUUUGACCCCUAGUCAGGGUGGGUACAGGAGACAACCAAAAGAUGUUUCUCUCUUUCUCUCCCCUGCCUUCCUCUCUCUCUCUAAUCAAUAGACAUAUCCUCGGGUGAGGAUUUAAACAAACAAAC